AUGGCUGUCGUCCAGAGGAGCCCUUCCUCGCUUGCUGAGGGCGGCUGCUUAGCCGCCGAAAGGCGACGCUGCGUGGCAGCAACCAUGCUCAUCGCCGGAGAAGAUGCGCCAGCGCCGACGGAUCGCCGGAGAAGAAACGAUGACGGGGCGCGGAUCGGCAGCGUGGAAUCCUACCGGAGGCUCAGGAAGAUCGGCGAGGGGGCGUUCGGCGCCGUCUCGAAGGCGCGGCACGUCGGCACCGGCGAGGUGGUCGCCAUCAAAUCCAGCCGCGACAGCGGCAGCGGCGGGGCAGCGCUGCUGCUGCGGGAGGCCGCGCUGCUCGCGGCGUGCCGCGGGAACCCCGCCGUGGUGCGGCUCCUGAAGGUCGUGCGCGGCUCCGGGAUGGACGACCUCCACCUCGUCCUGGAGUACGUCGGCCCGAGCCUCCACGAUGUGAUCCGCCGCCGCGGGAUCCCAUUCACCGAGUCGGAGGCGCGCCGCGCGAUGGCGCAGCUGCUUGCCGGCGUUGGCUCCAAGCACGCCGACGGCAUCGUGCACUGCGACCUCAAGCCCGGGAACGUGCUGGUCGGGGAGCACGACCGUCCGCCGCCGGACGAGCAGCAGGUGGAUGGGACGGUCGGGUACAUCGCGCCCGAGGUGCUUCUGUGCGAGGACUGCGGCGCGCCCGUCGACAUGUGGGCGCUCGGGUGCAUCAUGGCGGAGCUCGUCACGGGGCAGUCGCUGUUCCCGGAAGAGGACUUGUGCCAGCAGCUGAUCGGCAUCAUCGACCUGCUAGGGAUCCCUGACGAUGUGUCGUUGAUGCCGCUGGGCAUUGACGCCGGGUCGCCGAGCAAGCUGCGGGAGAAGGUGCCCGAGGAGCGGCUGUCGCCGGCGGGCUUCGACGUCCUGCGCGGUCUGCUGCAGUAUGACCCCAAGGACAGGCUCACCGCCGCGGCAGCGCUGCGGAUGCCAUGGUUUGCACCUAUGGAUGACUGA